AUGUACUAUUCAGAUCCAAAAGGACCGUAUAUAGAUGAACCUAUUGCAGACGAGGAAUGGCUAACAGAUAACAGCCGAGAACUAGAAGAUAUUGAAAGGAGAAACCAGGAGUUACAAAACCGCUUUGGUGGGAUUGUCGAACCCGAGACUUGGUAAGUGUUCGCUCUAUUUCUCACCUUUUAAUUAUUAGCCUGAAAUCUUAUCGUACUAAAUAAGAUCAUCACUUGUCGAUAAAAAGAAAAGGAUAAAAGUUGUAUUCUUCAACUUAAAUACUACGUUCCUUCUUUUUAAUUUCAAAGGUGCUCAUGUGGCAAUUGUGCUCUUGAUCGGCUCCAAAAUUUCGUGGAAUGCCUCUGCUGCAAGGAAGUCGAAAAGUGCGUCGAAUCACUUGGUAGUACCGCCGUUCUGAAUGAGGUGGAAAUCGGUCCCGAAUGUAUUACAUUGCAUCCAGGUUUCAGUGUCGUUUGCCUUUAG